CACCGGAAGCAGAGCUGCGGCCGGUGAGUUUGCCAUGUUGACGGCGAGCUGUCGGGGUUUGCGCUUGAGAAUCAGCGGAGCCGUUUUGCGGAGGGUGGUUUCUGAGCUGCCCCAGGUCCGUCCGUCUCUGACCACCAAGAGACUCAGCCAGGCGCCGCCGUAUUACGUCACCACGCCUAUCUUCUAUGUGAACGCUGCUCCUCACCUCGGCCACGUGCACUCGGCCGUCAUAGCCGACUGUCUGUACAGGUACAGGACGCUGCAGGGCCUCGGCUGCAGGUUCGCUACAGGUACUGAUGAGCACGGACUUAAGAUCCAGCAGGCAGCUGCCGCUGCGGGUAAAGACCCCCUGGACUUCUGUACCGAGGUGUCAUCCAGGUUUAAGGAGGUGUUUAGAAGUUGUAGUGUUUCAUACACAGACUAUGUGCGGACCACGGAGGACAGACACCGGCGGGCAGUGGAGCAUUUCUGGACGGUGCUUCUCAACAACGGGUUCAUCUACAAAGGGAGUUAUGAAGGCUGGUAUUCCACACCGGAUGAAAGCUUUCUCACGCCAACUCAAGUGACUGAGGGAACUGAUUCCUUGGGGAGGGAGAUCAAAGUCUCCACAGAGAGUGGACAUAAGGUGGAGUGGAUGAAAGAAGACAACUACCUGUUCCGCCUCUCUGAUUUUCGCACUGAGCUACAGGACUGGUUGAAGGCAAACCCAAAAGCCAUUCAGCCGGAAAGGUUUUAUCAUCUCGUCCUUCAGUGGUUGGAGAACGAUCUGCCUGAUUUAUCAGUGUCGCGGCAGAGAAGCCGCCUGCAGUGGGGCAUUCCAGUUCCCAGGGAUCCUGAACAGACAAUCUAUGUGUGGUUGGACGCUUUGGUGAACUAUCUGACAGUUGUGGGUUAUCCUGAGAAGCACUCGCAGUGGUGGAGCGGCGUCCAUCACGUUGUAGGUAAAGACAUCUUAAAGUUCCAUGCCAUAUAUUGGCCGGCAUUUCUCUUAGCCGCAGGACUGCCCCUUCCUCAGGCUAUAUAUGUGCACUCUCACUGGACAGUACAGGGGAAGAAAAUGUCCAAAAGUCUUGGGAAUGUGAUAGACCCCCUUGAGAGGUCACAUACGUUCACAGUGGAUGGCCUGAGAUACUUUCUUCUGAGACAGGGGGUUCCGGACACGGACUGCGAUUAUGACGAUGACAAAGUGGUGAAGUUGUGCAACAGUGAGUUGGCUGACUCUCUUGGGGGUCUUCUCAAUCGAUGUACUGCACCCUCUCUCAAUCCAGAGCAAGUAUAUCCUCAGUUCUGUGACACAUCCUUUCCGAAGGUUUCAGAGGGGCUGAGUGGCAGAGCUGUGUUAGAGGAUCAUAAGAUGGUCAGAGCCGUGUCUGAGCUCCCUGCUGUGGUGAUGGAGAACUUUGAGAACCUGCAUGUGUACAAAGCACUGGAAGCUAUUAGUAGGUGUGUACGCCUAACCAAUGGCUUUAUCCAAAGACAUGCUCCAUGGAAGCUCAACUGUAGUGAACCCAAGGACAGACUCUGGCAUGACACAAUACUUCAUGUGUCUAUGGAGUGUCUCAGGGUAUAUGGCAUUCUGUUGCAGCCGGUUGUACCAGGACUAGCAGAUAAGAUCCUCUCCAGGUUAGGGGUGAGGCCUGGUGAGAGAAGCUGGGACCAUGCACUUGAUUUUCUGUCUAAGCAUGAAGGAAGAGACUGUCCUUAUGAAGGAAGAGCAUUAGGUGCAGACACUGGGGUGCUUUUUAAUCGCCUAGAGAGGAACAAACUCCGAGCGCACUCCAAAAAAACAGGAAAACCACCAAGGCCUCAGUAGUUUGAUAAAAUCCUGUAAUGAUAAAACUUGCAGUGCUGUAGUAGGAACUUUUACCACUAGAGGGAGGCAGAGGCCAGCCAUCAUUUGAUAAGUUAAUGAUAAUGGCAGGAAGACACUGUCGGUUGUGUUGAGGUUAUCAUAUAUAUAUAUAUAUGCGCACAAAGUUACAAAAGUGUGUCAGUGUUCUUUUUCAGAUUGUAGUGUUUUAGUUAGCCUACACAAAUUUUAAAGCCUCUCAGUAAAAGCAGAUUAUUUUAAAUGCUGAAACAAUGUUCAGUGGUGUUUCUGAAGCAGAGGGGUGUUUUAACUCCAACACAGCUUGGAUUAAUCUAUCCCUGGAUUUUUGUCCCCGUGGUGGAUCACUGUUUACCACGCUACAUCACUACGGCACUUUAAGCUGUAUGCCUGAUCUGCUCUAGAGCAGGAUUUCCCGUCAUCUUUUGACCAAUCAGGGACUGAUUGAUACCAUGUCAAUCACAUGAAGAAUGUAACAUAUUUAAGGAGAGAAGGAAAGCAAACUCCAUAUCUAUUAAGAAUAUAAGGCAGUUAUUACUCUAUUAAGCAUUAUCACAGUGGCACUGGUAGAAGUGCUUUAAUUCCUUCACCCUUUUCUUUGUCAAAAACAAGCACAAGUAUUUAACCCUGGGUUAAUGGAGAGAAGUAACUAAUUCCAGUUGUUGGGUUUUAUAGACCUAGAACUGGAGUUGAACAUGCUUUGUGAAGCUGGACCCAGGUUUUGUGAGUAUGUUGGAGCUUUACCACGCUGUGCCCUCCAGGACAGGAGUUAUAAGAGGAUAUGUUUAGGGGUGGGCAAACCAGCAAACAGACCUAGAUCAUAAUGUAGUAAUGCCAUAUUUUGCCAUACAGAUCCUUUAGGCAGUAGUGCCAUGUUCAAAAACAACCAUCUAAAACUUGUUUCUAUCUAUCUCUCUGUCUCUAUGAAUGAUGAAGCACUAGAGGAUGACUAAUACAAACUAUGCUGACACACAUGAGCUACUGUCUCUACAUCUGCAAGGUGGACCAACAAGGUAGGAGUGUCUAAUAGAGUGGCCAGUGUUUAAAAACUCCUCUGCUGCUUUGUGUGAUCCACUCACACCAACACCAGGGUUACU